GUGCUCAAAAAGGGCGAGGGCAAGUUCCAUCCGAAGAAGGAUACAACCUGCAGCUGCCACUACGCCGGCACCACCCUCAGUCUCACACCCGACGCCAUCAACCUGCCAGAGGAUCAGUGGUCGGAGUUUGACUCCUCGUACAAGCGAGGAGAUCCUACAGAUUUCGCUCCGAAUCAGGUCAUCAAGGGCUGGACGGAAGCAAUGCAGCUCAUGGUAGAGGGUGACAAGUGGGAGCUCUACAUCCCCUCCAAGCUCGGCUAUGGGGAUGGCGGCAGUGGUCCCAAGAUCAAUGGUGGCGAGAUGCUGAUCUUCAGGAUGGAGAUGCUGAAGAUCGUGGGCGCCGGCAAGGUGCGGGCCGCCAAAUGUGAUCUCAAGACUCGCGAGAACUGCGA